AUGGCCGAAGCCACGGCCACGCCUAGUAGUGCGAGCCCCAACCAGGCUCCACCAUCGACGCGUAACGGACCGCCGACCGAAGAACCUACCCUGGCGGACCUCCUCCAGGCACAGCAGGAAGAUCAACCAGCCAACCUCCUAGCGGAUGAAGACAGUCUCGACUGUAUUCGGGCAGCUUACGAGCGAGGCAUAACAGACCCCGAGCAACUGCUCGCUCUAGCUGAAAACGCGCAACCGAACCAAGUUCGAGACGCGCGCUUCAGCAUCAAGGCGACGUUCUCGGGGAACCUACAAGCGCUAUCGAGACCGAAGAUAAUUGCCAACCUGCAUCUCAUCAUGGACAACCCCCAGAAAACGCAGGUGUCUUCGGGGAUCCUGCGCUACUUCUUGGCAGGACCUACGUGUCCAAAGGCCCUCAUUGUUGGAGGAACUGUGUGCACCCAGUUUGAUGUUGAAGGCGUGCUGUAUGCAGUCAAGGGUAAGGACUUGCCACCGCAGUACUAUCACCUCCAACCGAGCAAGCGGUCGCCGAGCUGUCUGGAGCUAAGUGGAGCGCUCUACGGCAGACAACGAGUGGCCCAAGUCGGCAAGAACCCAAACAAUAUGAACAAGCAAAGCGGAGAGAAACGAGCGAGGGAGAAGGAGACCCCGCAGCCAGCCCGGCAGACUGAGAAUCAUGAAGGAAAAGUUAACACGAUCGAUGAUAUGGAUCUCUCGUUUGAUUCCCCUGUUGAGUUAGUUCACUCGGCACCUCCAAGCCCGACACAGUUUCCGGAAAGCGACUUCGCUCACCCGCCGAAAAGACUACAGAGCAGGAGAAUUGCACCGCCUCCUACUCCGUCGUCAGAGACGUGGAACUCCAGGAAUUUCUGGAGCCACCUCCAAGAUGUACACCCAGAAGUGGAAUGCCGUGUCACGGAGGAACACGAAGAGACCCUAGGCUUUCAGAUCCUCGUUGCCAGCAUCGCACCGAGCGAGAGCGUAACGAAGAGUGGCGAAUACGCCUACUACCACAAGAAGGACAAAUCGAAAGUGAAGCUUUCCCCCGAAGCGACCAUGCUGCGGGAGAACAUCCCGGAAAUGCAGAAAGACAUCCUAGAAUCAAACGAUCAGUUCGAACGCGAAAAGGAAGCCCUUCCAGCUGCCCAAGCGGCGAAAGAAUCGAAGUUGUUGACUACGUCGCCUUCCUCAGACGCAAUUCUGAGGGAGAUAACUAAGAACCGCCUUGCCUUCACGAUUAAGCUGUCUAAACUCAUGCGACAGAAGUCCGCCAUGAUCGAUGAGAUGGCGUGGACCCACCUUUGGUACCGAUGUGUAAAUGCAUCCGUACCAAGCGCCAAGUACACCUUCGCGACUAAGUGGAGAAAAAUGACUGGUGCGGAGGCCCUAACCUCUCGAGAGUCGAUGCUGGCCAGCAUGGAGACGCUAAAAGGAGAGAUAAAUGCUCCCUCACUUGAUGUCUCACUUGCAUUGGCCUUUUUCGAAUUGCUGCUCCUAGCAGCAGCACCCCGCAUGUUUGACAAAGACUACUGGAUCCAAACCCUGGCAGGCAGCCACGUUCCCUGGCUGCUAGCGUCAGGAACGCGCCUACUUCACCCAACACACUGUUGGCGCUGUUGCGCUCGGAGUGUGGAGGCCAUGUGCUCCAGCGACUGA